AUGGGAAGCGGUAACUCGAAAAUAAAGAACGGAAAACGGAAGAGUAUCUCGAGCUUUGCUGAAAAGGACGUUGCCGAACUCACAACCGCAUCCGUGCAAAACUUGAGCAGCGGUGCCGCUGUCGCAUCUAAAGAUCCCGUACGCCGAUUUUCUGCGCCAGCAUCCAUAUCCGGUGGAGGAGACGACUUAUCGUUAACGGAGUCAACGGAAAUCAAAAAAGGUGCUGCUGUACCCGUGCCGACACCUACAAGCCCACCACCCAAGCAUCUUGGAUCACCACCACCAAAUUUUGGAGAUCAGGACGCUGAUGAUCCCUCAUCUGCAGGCGAGGAGUCGGACCCCACCAAUCCAGAUGAUACUGCAAACAACGCCGAUGAUGUGCCCAGUAGCCCAAUCUCAGAGUCACCGGCGUCACCGAGAACUGCCUUUUCCAGUAGUUUUGGUGGAAGAAUUGGCCCAAAAGACAAAUAUGAUCUGGACGACAUAAUUGCACGGCUUUUGGAUGCGCGAAACCACAAGGUGUCGAAAUCUCUCUGCUUGAAAAAUUCCGAGGUUCUAUCUGUCUGUCAUAAAGCACGAGAAGUCUUUAUGAGCCAACCAAUCCUAUUGGAGCUGCUCCCUCCUGUCAAUAUCGUUGGUGCCCCGUGUCAGGUGAUAUUCACGGCCAGUUCCACGACCUUUUGCGAAUAUUCGACCUUUGCGGAUAUCCUCCCAGCACGAAUUAUCUAUUCUUGGCGACGAUGCAAUUUGAAGGUGUGGAAAGUAUUCACGGAUGUCUUCAAUUGCUUGCCCAUUGCUGCAUUGGUUGCUGGAAAGAUAUUCUGUGUCCAUGGAGGGUUAUCACCAAGCCUGCAUUCCAUGGAUGACAUUCGGGCAGUCGCGCGGCCGUCGGAUGUACCUGAUUUUGGGUUAUUAAACGAUCUUUUGUGGUCCGAUCCAAGCGAUCUCGCUACUGAUUGGGAGGAUAAUGAGCGGGGUGUUAGUUACUGCUUCAGCAAGACUAUUGUGUCCGAGUUCCUCAGUCGACAUGAUCUGGAUUUGGUUUGUCGAGCGCACAUGGUAGUGGAAGAAGGCUAUGAAUUCUUCAACAAUAGAACCUUGGUGACAGUGUUUUCCGCACCAAACUACUGUGGAGAGUUUGAUAACAAAGGGGCGGUGAUGUGUGUCAAUGAAGACCUUCUUUGUUCUUUUGAAAUCUUACAACCUCAAACGCAUCCAAAACAUUCCUUGAAAGGCCGACGACGACUCUCCCCACCGAUGUUGAAUAAGCCGUGA